CGCUCGGUUCGGACCCCGGGACGGCCAGACUACAUUGAGGCUACGUGUAGAGAUUUACUACGCAGUUUGUCUUUAAUUUAUUCUCUUUCUCGGGUAUAAUUUGCUCAAAUAACUAAGUAAAAAGAGACUAAAUAACACAAAAGGGUUUGAAAUGUGCAGUAAAAAGAGAAACAUCCAGUCAAGUCAAACCGGGAGAUAGCUUGCUGUAUUAGCCAAAAUGCCCUCAGGAUAAAAGCGGAAGUGAAGCGGUUAUUUAUAAUAAAACAAAACAAAUGAUUUAUGUCCUAUUUUAGUUUGUAUUUACUACACGUUACAUCCAUUUUAUAUAAUUAUCCACUGUUGUAUUUUUUAUACGUGACCCCAAAACAUUGCACCAUAAAACUAUGUCCAUCUACAAAUAAUUUAUGUUCCUUUUUUUCGUACCGGAAAUCCUGUUGUUCCGUUGAUCACAGCUAGCUUCACACUUACCAGGUAGUGAACAUUUCCACAGUACUUGCAACAUUUGCAGGUCAGUCAGAGGCAAAAGUCCACAUCUGGUCUGACAGCCAGGUUGCGCCACAUCACUUCAAACAUGACCAAGCACGAGUUUGAGGUGGCGAUGACGUGCGAGGGAUGCUCAGGAGCUGUCACCAGAGUCCUCAACAAGCUGGGAGAUGUGAAGUUUGAGAUCGAUCUGCCUAAGAAACUGGUUUGGAUCGAGUCCGACAGAGAUGUGGAAGUUCUCAUGGAGACGCUGAAGAAAUGCGGAAAGGAGGUCAAGUACAACGGCACUAAAUGAAGGAAUCUGCUUCACGUAGAUCAGGAAAUCCUUGCUGCUUAUGCAAAGUGAAGAUUUAUGCUAAGUUCUUUACCUGUCAGGAAAAGUCUGAUGGAUCCUAAGUGACCCCCCCAGAUGCCAAACCCCCCCCCGGCUCUCACACACCAAAAUCCUCUUGGAUGCAGAUCUUCUCUCAGUGUUGUGAUCUACAAGGCCAGAACUGGCAAGCAUGUUUGGAGAAUGACAGCAAACCCAAAUAUCAUGAUGUUAGCACUUGUCCACCUGUGAAGCCUCAUUUACGUGCAGCACUAUACUUGGCCUCCUCUAAUUGUGUAAUUGUGUUUGUCUUCCAUGUGAUGGAUUGAAGAGGUGGCGAGGUUAUGCUGUUUUGUUUCUCCUCCAACAACGGUGGCCUGGCCUGAAUAAUCACUCUACAAGCAUUCUCCAACAUGCUUCUAUUCAGUAUUCUGAUUUACAUACCUGUAUUUUGAGAAAGAAAAGUAUGCUUUUUUGGAAUCACAGCCUUCCUACAUCUUGUUUUUAAAUUUCCUGAAAUGGCAGUAAUGUUUUCUGUUUUGUGUUACUUUCAGAUAUCUUUAUUUGGUAAAUAACAGAUGGGACAAGGCAGGGCUGUACAGUGACACCAUAUAUGUUCUUGGAUAUGAACUCCAGCUGUAAAAUCAAAAACAUCAGGACAUGCAACCAGAGAUUUGAAGUAUGGUAGCCAUUUUCAUGUGAUUAUGUUUGUAACUGUCUUUCCUGUUUGUGUACAGGUCACCUUAAGACACUACCAAACAUCCUUUGACACAAGUGAAAUACAUUCUCUGGAAUGUAAAACAUACUAGAAACUAUUGGCUAUAUUUACGUGAACCUUGACUCAGUAUUAAUGCCUUUGUUGGAUUUGACAUAAUUAAAAGUCAUCCUUUCGAAGCUCCAUGUAUGAAGAUGGCAGUAGAUCUGCACCAAGGAGGAAACUCGGUCUGUCUUCCCUUCAGGGACCAUCUGCUGGACUUGAUUUUGUAGAACUGCUUCCUUUUAGCCUAUCACAGUUUACACUAUGAUAAUCCACUAAUUCCACAGGUCAAAUAUAUCAUGUUGAUUGAUAUUUACUAGCAGAUAUCUUUGUUUUCUCUUAACAACAUGAAACUCUUGUUGUAAUUCACUCUGUUUUUUUAAAACUUUUGGUAAAAGAUAACCACCCUCUCCUGGGCUUUUAUAAUUGUCUGUGUCGAUAUAUUGUGUAUGCACAGGGGAAAUAAAAUCAGUUAUGCCUCAGUA